CUAGUGGAUCUUCCUCCUGGAAGUAAACCAUUGGGCUAUAGAUGGAUUUUCAAAAGGAAAAUGAAACCUGAUGGAACAAUUGAUAAGUAUAAGGCUAGACUUGUGAUUAAAGGAUAUAAACAAAAAGAAGGUCUUGAUUACUUUGAUACAUAUUCUCCAGUGACGAGGAUAACAUCCAUCAGGGUGAUUAUUGCUAUUGCAGCUUUACGAAAUCUUGAAAUACAUCAAAUGGAUGUAAAAACAGCUUUUCUAAAUGGAGAUUUAGAAGAAGAGAUUUAUAUGGAGCAACCUGAAGGGUUCUCUGCUCCCGGGAAAGAGAAUAAAGUUUGCAAAUUGGUUAAGCCUUUGUAUGGCUUAAAACAAGCUCCAAAACAAUGGCAUGAGAAGUUUGAUAAUGUCAUGAUUGAAUGUGGAUUUAAAAUUAAUGAAUGUGAUAAAUGUGUUUAUGUUAAAGACACAGAAAAAGGUUAUGUAAUCUUAUGUCUUUACGUAGAUGACAUGCUUAUCGUUGGAAGCAAUGAUAAAAUUAUUAAAUCCACAAAAGAUAUGUUAAAUUCAAGAUUUGACAUGAAAGAUGUGGGUCUAGCUGAUGUGAUUCUUGGAAUUAAAAUUCAUAGAACAUCACAAGGAAUUGUUCUGAGUCAGACACAUUAUGUGGAGAAAAUCCUUGAAAAAUUUAAUAAGGAUGAUUUUACUCAGGCUAGGAACCCGAUAGAUACAAGUCAGCAUCUGUCGAAAAUAAAGGAGAAAGUGUUUCUCAAGUCGAAUAUUCAAGG